AAAAUUAUGAAUUGUUUAUCUCUACACAAUAUCGGUUGACAACUAGGCGAUCAGCGGUGUAUUUUUUGUUUUUAGUUUUGUAAAUAAUAUUUGGAAAUGGCUGGAAAUUUUUGGCAAAGUUCUCAUUUCCAACAAUGGCUUCUAGACAGACAAGAUUUGCUUCGAGAAAGACAUCAAGAUCUUCAAAUAUUUCCUGAAGAAGAAUAUCAAAAAGUUAUGAUCUUUUUUGCAAAUUUUAUUCAAGCCUUAGGAGAACAAUUAAAAGUAAAGCAACAAGUUAUUGCAACAGCCACAGUGUAUUUUAAAAGAUUUUUUGUUAGAAAUAGUCUAAGAUGUAUAGAUCCUCUUUUAAUGGCUCCAACCUGCAUAUUUUUAGCCUCAAAAGUAGAAGAAUUUGGAGUCAUUUCCAAUAGUAGACUAAUUACAACCUGCCAAACUGUUGUGAAAAACAAGUUCUCCUAUGCAUAUGCUCAAGAGUUCCCAUAUCGUAUGAAUCACGUUCUUGAAUGUGAAUUUUAUCUUUUGGAAAUGAUGGAUUGCUGUUUAGUUCUGUACCAUCCAUAUAGACCAUUAGUAUAUUAUAUUCAAGAUAUUGGCCAGGAAGAAACGUUACUACCAAUGGCCUGGAAAGUCAUCAAUGACAGUUUGCGAACUGAUGUCUGUUUAUUAUAUCCUCCUCAUCAAAUAGCCUUAGCAUGUCUUCAUAUGGCCUGUGUGAUACUUGGAAGAGACUGUAAACAAUGGUUUGCUGAACUCAAUGUUGAUAUGGAAAAGAUUCUGGAAAUAACACGUCAAAUACUUUCACUCUAUGAAGCAUGGAAGCAGUUUGAUGAAAAAAAGGAAGUACCAGCCCUAUUAGCUAAAGUACCAAAGCCCAAAACUCAACCUACCAGGCCCCCAUCUCAAGGUCCUGGUGGGACAACCAAUGACCCAAAUAAUCCAGUUACUUGCCAGCCUUCUGCAGUUAGAGGUUAGAUUGACAUUGAAGAAGUCUCAGUUUUACUGAAUUUUGUAAAUAUGUAUAUUGUUUUAAACUAGCAUGGGAUGGUAAAAGUGAAAAGCAGUAUUUUAAAGUAAAAAUACUUUUUUUCUAGCAGUGUUCUCUCCAAAUCACAGAAAUUAUAUUAAAAGGUGUAUUUAUAGGUUUUUAAUAUCACAAAACUUAGAAAUAUUUUGCUCAUUAAAUGCAAGCUUAAGGUACAUAUUCAAUAAUACAAAAAUGUGAAAAUUUAAGAUAUUUGCAAAAAUUAAGUAUUUAAUUUAAAAAUUAGGUUUCUAUAUCUCUCAUGAAUAAAAUUAUCUGCUCUUGGAGAAUUUUAAAAAUAUAGCACU